AAGGCCUGUGCCUUUCUAUGCCAAAAGGCUGGCUUCAUUUUAUCCUUCUAGGUGCUUGCAUUUCAAAAUGGAGAACAACCCAUCUGAACAAGGGUACAUUGUUGCUCGGCCAGUGUAUUCCAAACCUUCGUUUGAAACUGACAAUGAGCGAAAACUGAGGAUUUCAAAAACCUUGAAGGAAAGAUUUCAGAAAUUAUGCAGCUGUUCACCCAAAAGGGCCAAGCAGAUAUUUCAGUCGAUUUUCCCAAUAUGUGACUGGUUACCUAAUUAUAAAGUAAAAGAAUGGCUGAUUGGUGACGUCAUCUCUGGGGUCACAACAGGACUUGUAGCAUGCUUACAAGGUCUGGCAUUUGCCCUGCUUGCUUCAGUUCCACCUGUCUACGGGCUUUAUUCUUCAUUCUUUCCUAUUUUGACAUAUUUCUUCCUUGGAACCUCAAGACAUAUUUCUGUCGGUCCAUUUCCUGUUACUUCUUUGAUGGUUGGUUUAGCAAUUCUCUCCCUUGCUCCGGACUCUAAUUACAUGAUCCCAUCAGCAGCCUCAUCUAACAGUUCUUCUUCGAAUACCACAAGUUUAGUAGUCAAUACCACUGCAAGGGAUGCUUACAGAGUGAUGCUGUCCUACACCAUGACAUACCUCAUUGGAUUUUACCAGCUUGGAAUGGGUAUACUUCAGAUUGGAUUUUUGGUGAGAUACCUUUCAGACCCAUUAGUGGGUGGAUUUACAACAGCAGCAGCAUUUCAAGUAUUUGUUACCCAGUUCAAAGCAUUGCUUUCUGUACCAGCAAACAACUAUAAUGGAGUUCUCUCAAUCAUAUUUACGAUCAUUGACAUUUUUAAAAACAUUGGCCAAACCAACAUAGCAGAUCUAAUUGCUGGUCUAAUAACACUAGUUGUUGUGACAGUGGUAAAGGAACUCAAUGACCGAUACAAGCGCAAGAUUCCUGUGCCCAUUCCUAUAGAAGUCAUAGUGGCCAUUAUAGCCACAGGAGUAUCAUAUGGAGCAAAUCUUAAUGCAAAAUACAAUGCUAACAUAAUGAAGACUAUUCCUGGAGGGUUUGUGCCUCCUAAACCUCCCAAUACUAGCAUGAUGUCACAGGUUGCAACCUCUGCCUUUUCAAUUGGUAUCGUGGGGUAUGCCGUUUCUGUUUCAGUGGCCAAAGUGUAUGCAGCAAAACAUGGCUAUAAAAUCAAUGGCAAUCAGGAACUUAUUGCAUUUGGGAUCAGCAAUAUAUUUUCUGGUGCGUUCUCUUGUUUUAUUGCCACAACAUCACUAUCACGGACUGCUGUCCAGGAGAGCACAGGUGGAAAGACUCAAGUUGCAGGAAUUAUCUCUGCAUUUAUAGUGAUGAUUGUCAUUUUUGCUUUGGGUCCUUUGCUGCAGCCAUUACAGAAGUCUGUUCUGGCAGCCAUCGUCAUUGCCAACCUGAAAGGAAUGUUCAUGCAGGUCUUUGAUAUCCCUGUUCUUUGGCGGCAGAAUAAAAUUGACUCAGUCAUCUGGGUUUUUACAUGCAUUGCAUGUAUUAUCCUGGGCCUAGAUAUUGGUCUUCUUACAGGCGUUGUGUUUGAACUGGCCACCGUUGUUGUGCGAACACAGUUCCCAACUUGUGAAGCUCUUGGAAACCUACCAGGCACAGAAUUAUACAAGAACAUAAAGGACUACAAGAAUAUUCCAGAAGUACCAGGAAUAAAGAUUUUCAGAUGCAGUUCACCUCUUUAUUUUGCCAACAUGGAUUAUUUCAAGGACAGACUGAUGGCAGUGGUGGGAUUUGAUCCUGUCCGAGUAUUCAACAAGAGAAAUAAAGCCCUGAGGCAAAUCCACAAUCUUAUUAAAAAGGGACAGCUAAAACCCACAAAGAAUGGAGUUGUGAAUGGAGGUGGUGUUGACAAUGAUGCAUUUGAAAUGGAGGAAGACCCUGAGCAGCCAGAAGAAAUCGAUAUACCUACGAAAGAAGUUGAUAUCCAAGUGGACUGGAGUAAAGAGCUCCCAGUAAAAGUUGGAGUACCAAAAGUUAACAUCCACAGCGUCAUCUUUGAUUUUGGAGCCAUAUCAUUCUUAGAUGUUGUAUCAGUGAAAUCCUUGAAAUUGAUCCUUAAGGAAUUCCAGAGAAUUAGUGUCAGUGUUUAUAUUGCUGGAUGUGACGAUGAAGUUAUUCAUAAGAUGGAAACAUGUGGCUUCUUUGAUGAGUCUGUUAAGAAAGAUAUUGUCUUCAUGACUGUGCAUGAUGCCGUCCUCUUUGUAAAGAUGCAAGUAGCAUAUGGCAACACUCAGGAUCCAAUAUUUGAAAAGAUUUCAUUAAUGCAGGAUUCUAAAGAGCCUAUGUACACUGAACCUGAAGAACCAGAAGAAACCUAUGACAAUCAGUAUCGGGCGAUACAUGGACUAGCCUUCUAAGCAAGAAAAUCAUUGUUUU